UGGGGGGUAAAAUGGGCAGUGAUGGUAGAGAUUCCAGCAGCAGUGGGGAGGAAGACGGCGACGCUGAGUGGAGAGCCGCCAUAAACUCCGUCGCAUCCACCGCAGCUUCUAACCGUUCUACAGUUGCCAAUGGAACAACCACCAGUUCUGUGGCUUCUUCCAAUCGUGAAAAACAAGCGGACACCAAGAACAUCAAACUCUACCAUAUCAAGGCACAGAAGCUGUUGGAUGACUUGUUAGAAAAGAGCAUGGAAAUAGUGAGACAGCAGCCCACAGAAGUUGCAGAAAACCAUUCAAUGAUAAAUGGAGGUGGUGUUAGACUGUUUAGAGAUGCUCCACCCGGCAUACUAUUUGAUCAUGUUGAUGAACUUCAAGGGCCGCUAAAGCGACCGAGAAUCAUUCCCAACGUAGAGGUCAACGAAAAAUCCAAAAAGUUUAGACACCAACUCAAGUCGGUUGUUGUUGAAGGGCACGAUAUAAUAGUUUCAGCAAAAGAAGCAUGCCAAAGGUCUCUAGCUAAGAUAGAAGCAAGAGCUGCAGCUGCAAAAGCAAAAGCCAAAAAAGAGGAAGAGCGAGUUGCGGAGCUGAAAAAGAUCCGAGGCGAAAGAUGGCUGCCUGCUAUUGCUAGAGAGAUGCGGUUCAAGUAAAACAAUUUAACCUUCAAGGCCAGCUCAACUUGCAAAUUAAGGCUCGUUUUUGGGGGUCUACAGGACCACUGGGGAUUUUCCACACUGUAAUCUUCAGGGUCCUAUGAGAUGAGUUGAGGUGUGUGUGCAAGUUGAUCUGGACACCCAUGGUUAUCUUCAGCCUCUGAAUCAUUAAGAAGCGAAUCUUGUUUUGGUUACUAGUUCAUUGUUUUGAAGAUGCAUGGUUGAAUUUUUUUCUUCAUGCUACAUUUUUGUAUUCCCCAAUUUACGUGUUCAUUUUGUGA